GGCAAGCACGGGCUCCAUAGGGGCUUCAGAGCCGCCCGCCAUUUGUAUUCGGCGGCCGCCUCGGAGACCUUCUGCUGCCGGGGGCGUGCCCUGCCCUCACCCAAGAUGGCCGGCGGGGGAGGCGAUCACGUGCUCGCGGGGCCGGCGCUGCCGCUCCCGCGCUGCCGGCGCCCUCUGCGGGGCGGCCACGUGGGCGCGCGCGCGAUUAUAUCUGAGUUUCAAACCCAGGAUGGCUCAGAAGAGGAGCUCGAGUGGGCGGUCAUUCCCAUUGCUGCUGCUGCUGAUUGUGGUGGCCUUUGUUCAUUUAACUGUCUGUCCUUUUACAAAAGUGGAGGAAAGCUUUAACCUACAAGCUAUCCAUGAUGUGGUGUACCACCAGCUGGACUUGGAUAAGUAUGACCAUCAUGAAUUUCCUGGAGUUGUCCCAAGAACGUUCCUUGGACCAAUUUUUAUUGCUGCUCUUUCCAGCCCGGCUAUCUACAUACUUUCUGUGCUAAGAAUGUCCAAGUUUUAUUCCCAGCUGAUAGUCCGAGGAAGUUUGGGGCUCAGUGUGAUUUACACCUUAUGGAGGCUGCAGAAAGAAGUUAGAAAACAGUUUGGAGCAACUACAGCAUCAAUCUUCUGUCUCAUCACUGUUACUCAGUUUCAUUUGAUGUUUUACUGUACAAGAACUCUCCCUAAUGUGUUUGCACUUCCAUUUGUGCUCCUGGCAUUGACAUUUUGGAUACAGCAGAAGCAAAGGCCAUUCAUUUGGUUCUCAGCUUUGGCAAUUAUAGUCUUCAGAUCAGAGCUCUGCAUAUUCUUGGGCCUCAUGCUCCUGGUGACGUUAUUAACUAAAAGAAUCUCCAUUUUCAAGGUGCUUUCCCAUGCUGUUCCUGCUGGAAUGUUUUGGUUGGGGCUAACAGUUGCUGUGGAUUCUCUGUUUUGGAGGCAGCUUGUGUGGCCUGAGGGGAAAGUGCUCUGGUAUAACACAGUUUUAAACAAAAGUUCCAACUGGGGAACCUCUCCCUUCCUAUGGUAUUUCUAUUCAGCCCUGCCUCGUGCUUUGGGAUGCAGCAUAAUAUUUGUACCUUUAGGGGUAACAGAGAAGAGAACUCGGAUUCUACUUUUGCCAGCACUGGGCUUUAUUUUCUUGUACUCGUUUCUCCCACACAAGGAGCUGCGUUUCAUCAUCUACACUUUCCCUGUUUUCAACAUAGUGGCCGCUAAAAUGUGCUCACGAAUUCUGAAUAACUACCGGAGAUCCUGGCUGUACAAACUUGGAUCAUUCUUUAUUGUAAUCCAUCUUGUACUCAAUGCUGUUUAUUCAGGAACAUCUUUAUAUGUUUCACAUUUCAAUUAUCCUGGAGGAGUGGCAAUUCAGAAGUUGCAUGAGCUGGUACCUUCAACAGCAGAUGUCUCUGUUCACAUUGAUGUGGCUGCAGCACAAACGGGAGUUUCUCGGUUUCUAGAAAUCAAUUCUGAUUGGAGGUAUGACAAAAGAGAAGAUGUUAAACCAGGAGACCAGUUGAUGUUUUCUUACACACACAUACUGAUGGAAACAAAUCCUCUUCAAAUAUCACAUUACAAAACAACCCACAGGCCACUGGCAAAUAUACCUGGCAUCGGUAAAAUUGGGUUGAACCUUACUGCACUACCUCCUUUUACUUUAAACUUGAAACCAAAAUUAGUAUUGUUGGAAAAACUUCCUCUAUCAUCUUGACUGUGAAUUUUAAGUAAGCCUUUUGAUGUGCUUUUGCUGAUGAUUGAACUAUGUAAGACAGCAGCAAAUUGUCAUUCCAGCACUGCAACUCAGCUUCUGUGGAGAGGCACAGAAAAUCUCUGUACCAAUUGGUAUUUAGCUCCGUCCUGUUUCUUACAAAUAAUACAGUGCAUUCCUAGUCAGUAUAUGCUCAGUAUGCUGAGUUGUAUUGUUAGAUAUGUUUGAGAGAGGUUGCCUACAAGUUUAGUGGUAUUAAGUAAAACCUGUCUACUUGGUUUGGUAGUCUGUUUCAUCAUGUAGCACAGGUAUGUCCUAAUUGUCCUGUAUAAGAUACAAAACCAACAGGUUUGUGCUAGGGCAAUAAUUUGUAAUCUGUGUGUGCAAAGAUGUAUUACUUUAUGUAUCUGCAGGAUUGUAACCCCCUCAGCUGUCAGAUUGCCAGUGUGAAACCCAACGGUGUUAUAAACAUAGGAAAGCCAUAUUCAUCCUUGCUUCGUCCUAAUACCUAAUUGUGCCCUGUAGGCUACCAAACUAAUGAAACAUUCACUUAAAAAGCAGUUGGACCUCUUGACAAGCACUGCUCCAUAACAGAUUUGAGUACUGAGGAUGAUUAUCUUCAUUCCAGCAGUUCAUGAAAAAGCAGUAACUUGGAUUUCCUGGGAAAAAUAAUCUUUAAAAUAUUUUUUCCCCUCUUCUGCUGUAAUGGUAUCUUAAUUUUCAGUGUAAAAAUUACCUAUGAAAAUGCCCACUUUAAGAUACGUGCUGUUUUCCUUUUUUUUAUUAAGUUUGGAAAGGAGUACUCUAAUGUGCCAUGUGCUGCAUUAUAUAAACUAGGGUAAGAUUGCAUGCUCUGUAGUUUCUUUAUUAGAUGUUUUUGUUAAGGAUGUCUGCAUAGAUUGCUGAAUGGAACAAGCAAAAAAGGUUAGAAUUCUGGUUAGGGCCAGUUGUAAUAUGCCAGAAGUUCCAUUAGUGUAAAAUGUCAGAAUCGUUGAAAGUAUCAUGGGCAGAAAACUAUUCCUUGCUGACUGAAAACUUGAGUAAAAUAUAAUUAUGGAAUAAAGUGGUUUGGUUUUUUU